AUGUUAUUGUGGUGGAUCGGGUUUCUUGCUCCGUUGAAACUCCUCCUGAAGUUGGUGCUUGGCCUACUAUGCCGCUUGCGGAGCCACCCAGUCAAACUAUGGACAGGCACUCUUUCUAGAGCACUCAACAACAAGGAAUCGUACAUAGUGGUAACCGGUUGCACAGAUGGAAUCGGCCUAGCGACACUUCGCAAGAUUGUCGAGCACUACCCACAGAAUCCCGUCCUACUUGUGGGAAGGAACAAGGACAAACUGUCUAAGGUUACUGAGUCCUUGGGUACCACUUAUGAGAAUCUGCCGAGCAAAAGUGAGGACAGGAAGAGCGGCACGCGGAGAAUUGAAGUGGCCGUGGUGGACUUUGCUACUGAGAACUGGCCUGCGGAAAUGGAGAGGACUCUAAAGGGAAAGUCUGUUGGUCUUUUGCUUAAUGCAGCAGGAGAGACUGACGUGAUUAACCGGAGAUACGACGAAGUGGACGAAAGUCUGAUUAUAAGGUUGAUCCAAGUCAAUCUUAGGUCUGCCAUGUUAAUGAGCCGCUUAUGUCUGCCAUCCAUGACCGUGCAGAAAGCAGGAGUCAUUGUUAACAUUGGCAGCAUGAACCUGGUAGCUGAAGAGCCGUUCCAGGCCAUAUACACUGCUACGAAGGGUGGUAUACGAGCCUUCAGUGAAGCUCUCCAGAGCGAGGUUCGAUCCAAGAACAUCUUGGUGCAGAACUGGGAACCCGGACUGGUUAACACAAAAAUGACCUUGGGCCGUUAUAAAGGUCUUGACCGGUUUUCCUGUAGCGCUGAUGAAUUCGCGGAGUAUGCUUUCUGUAUGCUCCAAAAUGGAACACAUGAACUACUCAUACCCUUCGGUUAUCAACCCGUCACCUUUUCACCAUACCCCCUUCAUGAAGUCACUUGCGGGCUGGCAAAAUUUGUACCAACUCACUUCCUUAAUCAGUACGCGAUUCACACACGCGAUUCACACACAGUCGAAUUCAUACACUGUCAAACAUCAAGGCCAAACCAUGGCCCGCAUAGCUAG